AUGGACGGAGAAGAUAUUGAUGCGACCCCAAGGGUUCUCAGAGUGAAAAAUCCAGAUUUGAAAGACAAAGAGGAGGAUGCGGAUGGUCUAACAGAGUUCGGCGCUGCAAAGACCUCGAGGUUCUCAGUCAGGUCAAUCUCGGCUUCGUUGUCUUCAAUUUGGGGAAGAAGAAAUGCCAGUACCAGCACCUCCUGCUCUCAGUCAGAGUCCAGCCAAGACCAAAAUUGGACUGUCGCACCCGACUUGAACCUGGAUUUCGACGACAACCUACCUUCGCGCGGCUGCGUCUCCUUCUCAGAUCUUCUCCCUACUCGCAAAUCUUCCGCUCGAGCGUCCAGGAAGAAGAGAUUGAACUCCGUCAAGGACGUCAAGGUGAGCAUCCUUCCCCAGCCUGUGAUCACCUCUUUCACAAAGGUAUUGGCUAAAGCUGCGAUAGCCGUCUCAUUCACAGAGUCGCGUUUCUGUCUCCAGACCGUCCUCAAAUCAUUUCAGUCUUCCACCAACAGUUCAGCGGCGUUAUCCCAUAGACGGGGAAGACGAGUGUACAGCUUCGCCUCUUUCUCGACCAAUCAUUCCUCAAGACACUCAAGCAAGGUCCAUCGUGAUCCACAGAAGAGACAAUCGCAGCGAACCGCUGUCCCACAGACACUCCCGUCAACCAUGGCGUCAAACCUUCCGAACGGUGUCUACACGAAUGGCGUCCCGAAUGACCAAGACAUGCGAGUUGUUCCACCUAUCAACGAUCACAUCACAGCCCCUGCUGUUCAAGCACCCACCUUGCAAAACAUCCUGGAUUUUCGUGGCUCUCUUGCACAUGAGGCUCGUGCGACAACGUCUUCCCUGACCCCUGCUUAUCAGAAUGAGCCGCUAGUGAACGGAGAGACAGUACCGUCUGCUCCGCCUCCAAGUCCGGUCAGCACAAGAUACCCCGAACAGACUAUUGCUCCCCCUGUCAACCGCGAUCUUAUCCAGCCUCACUUCGAUGCCUACGGUUUUCGUGACAACUUUAGCGAACCUGAACGAAGCUAUCGCCGCAAUCCUCUACAGCAUCCACUACCUCGACGGCACAUCCAAAUCGUCCCAUUGCCAGCAAUUGCAGCACUAAAAGUGGAGACCUUCGCAUUCAAUGUAUUGGAAGCUGGUGCAAAAUCACCUAUGACCACGUAUGUCGGGUUCAACCUUACUGCUGUCAAACAAAACAACCUCGUGACGCAAAGACAAACCACUCAAUCCCAAGAGCGGCCUUACAUCCUCACAGACAACAACGAAGGUUUCUUGACUGAUCUGCAAAUUCAAACCUACGUCAAAGGCCCUGCCAGCAAGCUUUUUGAGGCCGGAAUUCAAAGCGUUCAGGAGCUGCGUGUCAAAGAUCACUGGAAUAUUUUGCUCAAGCUCGGCGCACAAGAGAAUACCCUGAAAUCCAAACUCUCCAGCUCCCUACGGUCAGGCACCAAAGCGUCAUCGCUCUCCCUGAUCGACCAGUUCCUGGCAAGCCUUAAGAUGGACGGCAAGAGAAGCGAACCAGUCUCUGUGGAGGCGAUAGUCAAGUAUCGCCAUGCAUUCCUGCCAGAGGAUACGACUCUGGAGGCGCGGGCCGUCUGCCGCGUUGGCUCACUCGCUUCCGCCUCUUCCAUGGACGCUGUUGAAGUUGGAGAGCUCGCAGGCGCUAUCGUCCAUGCGCUUGAUCCAGGGGUGAGCACUGUCAAGCUGCUCUCGGUCGAGCGACCAGAGCGACAACACCAUCUGGAGUUGGGUGGCCGCCAGGCGCUGGCACUCAUCUACGACUUCCGACAUGCGAUGGGCCAUGUCGUUUCGGAAUCGGUAACCUGGGACCUCGCGGUCCUAGAGACCUAUUACCGACAGGUCCGGGCGUUGGAGUCUGCGGAGACGCAGACUCCAACGCCCCGAGACACCCUUCGCCGCCGUGUGGCAACGGUGGCGAAGAGGUUCUCGCCGAGGAAGUCUGGUGGUGUCGGCCCUGGCGGCGAGGGGCGCGUGGAAUAG